AUGCCUCUGCCAGAACGAAGAAGCACCAUCCUGACCUUCAUCGUGGACGACUACAUAUCGUCCGCGUUGCCGGUUUCAUCAAACGCGGUUGCGAAUUCCGCUGGCUUCAACGUCAGCUCUGCCACGAUACGAAAUGAAGUCGGUGCUCUGGUCGAAGAAGGCUACUUGCUGCGGCCUCACUCAUCUUCGGGUGCGGUUCCGGCCGAGAUGGGAUACCGACACUUCGUCGGCGGUUUGGACCUAACAUCGCCUCCGCCUGAAGGCCUAGUCACCAUGCUGCAGCGCCAGAUCGAUGUCGCACCAGACGACAUCGACGCGUGGGUGCGAAUCGCAGCGUCCGUCAUCGCCGACUUGAUCGGUGCUCUCGCGUUCAUCACAGCACCACGCGUGAAGAUGCCAGACGUCAAACAGAUUGAACUGUUGCGACUGCAAGACAUGUUGGUCAUGCUGGUACUCGUGCUCCAGGAAGCACGCGUAUACCGCCGCGUGAUCGAGUUGGAUCAAAACGUCAACGACUCCCAAUUGGAGCAAGCCCGCAACAAAGUAACUGCGGAAGUCUCCGGCAAGGGUGUCCGAGAACUGGUUGCGCGAAAAGACCGUGAAGAUAUCGAAGACGAUCUCGAGCGCCAGGUGUGGCACGCCACGAUCGACGCGUUGAUGCACGCCGAUUCCGUCCCUGGCGAGCGUUACAUGAGUGGUUUCGGCCACUUCAUGUCAGAUCCCGAGUCGGCCGCGCAACCGGCAAAAGGCGCAUUGGCGAUGUCUGCGCUCGAAAACGAUGACGCAUUCACAGAACUGAUUUCCGGUGUGACCUACCGCAAUCAACCAAUAGUCUCCAUCGGAACUGACAACAUUCGCCCCGAACUCUGCGACUACAGCGUAAUCAUGUGCGGCUACGGCGGAGAAGUCGAUGCCCGCGGUGUUGUGGGAUUGAUUUCCCCGAUGCGGACCGCGUACGGCACGUCGAUACCUACCGUUACGUUCGCGGCCGAAACGUUGGACGCGAUGGUAAACCGCGGUUGA